UGACAUCCCAGGAGCCUGCAGGAGCAGGGCAGGAUGGAGCGAAGACGUAUCACCUCUGCACGUCGCUCCUAUGUCUCCUCUGAGACGGUGGUCAGGGGCCUGGGUCCCAGCCGCCAGCUGGGUACCAUCCCACGCUUCUCUGUGGCUCGAAUGCCUCCUCCGCUCCCUGCUAGGGUAGACUUCUCCCUGGCCGGGGCUCUCAAUGCUGGCUUCAAGGAGACUCGGGCCAGUGAGCGUGCUGAGAUGAUGGAACUAAAUGACCGCUUUGCUAGCUACAUCGAGAAAGUCCGCUUUCUAGAACAGCAAAACAAAGCUCUGGCAGCUGAGCUGAACCAGCUUCGCGCCAAGGAGCCCACCAAACUGGCCGACGUCUACCAGGCAGAGCUGCGGGAGCUGCGGCUGCGGCUGGACCAGCUUACUGCCAACAGUGCCCGGCUGGAGAUGGAGAGGGACAAUCUGGCACAGGACCUCGGCACUCUGAGGCAGAAGCUCCAAGAUGAAACCAACCUGAGGCUGGAGGCUGAGAACAACCUGACUGCCUACAGACAGGAGGCAGAUGAAGCUACCAUGGCCCGUCUGGACCUGGAGAGGAAGAUUGAGUCACUGGAGGAGGAGAUCCAGUUCUUGAGGAAGAUCCAUGAGGAGGAAGUUCGAGAACUCCGGGAGCAGCUGGCCCAACAGCAGGUCCACGUGGAGAUGGAUGUGGCCAAGCCAGACCUCACAGCGGCCCUGAGAGAAAUUCGAACUCAAUACGAGGCAGUGGCCACCAGUAACAUGCAAGAAACAGAGGAGUGGUAUCGGUCCAAGUUUGCAGACCUCACAGAUGCUGCUUCCCGCAAUGCAGAGCUGCUCCGCCAGGCUAAGCACGAGGCUAAUGACUAUCGCCGCCAACUGCAGGCCUUGACCUGCGACCUGGAGUCUUUGCGCAGCACGAAUGAGUCCCUAGAGAGGCAAAUGCGUGAACAAGACGAGCGCCACGCGCGGGAACUGGCAAGUUACCAGGAGGCGCUCGCCCGCCUCGAAGAGGAGGGCCAAAGUCUCAAAGAGGAGAUGGCUCGCCACCUGCAGGAGUACCAAGAUCUGCUCAAUGUCAAGCUAGCCUUGGACAUCGAGAUUGCCACAUAUAGGAAAUUGCUAGAGGGAGAGGAAAACCGCAUCACCAUCCCUGUACAAACUUUCUCCAACCUGCAGAUUCGAGAAACCAGCUUGGACACCAAGUCUGUAUCAGAAGGACACCUCAAGAGGAACAUCGUGGUAAAGACAGUGGAGAUGCGGGAUGGUGAGGUCAUUAAGGAAUCCAAGCAGGAACACAAGGAUGUGAUGUGAGGUGUGUCCACCUGGUGGCUCCUGCCAUACAGUGUGAAGGGCCCAGAACUCCUCCUCAGAUAGUCCUGUUCCCAUCCACACCACUAUUCCCCUUCCCU